AUGGAACCCCGCUACCGAGCUGUCCCAGGUCUCGGCGGUAGUUACUUUGGACGUGCAAGUAUGGUAGAAAUUUCCACGUCCAGCGGAAACUCUGUAUCCACAGCUCCAACCAGAGACCGACACCCACCGUCAAGCAGUUCUACCGACGCGCCCACAACAACUAGAGAGCGAAACCUACCAUCAGGUAGUUCCACAGACGCGCCCGAAACGAGCUCAGCCGCCUCACGCUCAUGCGUAACUCCAGACCACAGACGUGGUCCAAAUAACCCCGCAGCCGCCAAACUAUUGAAAUCUUGUCUCAAGAAAUCCGAAUCAUUAACCUCCCUCGAAGAAACCGCACGCAGAAACAGUCUCCCACGCCCACCAGCACCCCAAGAUAGAACAGACAGUAGUUCUGCACCUCCCUCUAGCGCCGGUAUCUUUGAAUCGGAUUUGACAAGGCAAAACAGCAGUCGUAGCUCGAUUGGUGUGACACCCGCUGAGGCGUACACGCGUGAACGUGCGGAUAAUACUAGGCACGAGGAGACUUCUAGGCUUCAGGAGAAUACUGAACACGCACAAAAUGUCACUCAUCAGACUUCUAGGCUUCAACAGACUUCUAGGCUUCAACAGAACACUGAGCAAGCGCAGAAUAUCACCCACGUAGGAAAUGCCGACCAUGUAGAGCAUGUUGGGCAAAGAAUAAACGGUACUAAAAAUCAAGUCCGUAGAAUUCAAGAAAUCCCCGCAACUACACCAAAGGAAGAAUGUGAGGUCGUAGAUAAUGAGGUUUAUGUGGGUCCUGCGAGGGAAGGGACAAGCGAUCAACUUGAGCUCCGAGAAGCACUUGCCAGUAGUCCGCCGCCUCAGCGAUAUCGGGUACGCCGUAUUGGAACGGGUACCCCGGCGCCGAAUGUUGAGAAGAAAGGGGUGUUGAGAAGAGGUUGGGAGCCAGUUAAAAAGAAGUUGGAACCUAUCAAGAGACGUCUGGAGCCGGUGAAGAGGGGUAUAGAGGCUGUUAAGAACCGGAUUAAGUUGCUUGCACUUAGGGUGCAGUUGAGGGAGGAUAACAAGAGGGUAAGACAAUGGGCGGCUGGGAUUAGGGAGCCAAGUCGGUCGAGGUCGAGGGAGCGAGAACAGUUGAGGGAGCAAGAACAGUUGAGAGAGCUAGAGCAGUCGAGGGAGCUAGAAGAGUCGAGAGAGCUAGAACUGAGGAGACAGGAGUUAGGGGGAUGA